UUUCAUUUUUGGGUGAUCUGAGUAAGCUCUAUUAUAAAUUGCUGCCAUUAUGAGAAAAUAAAUCUGCACAGUUUCUCUAUUAUGAGAGAAUUUGUUUUACUAUUAUUAACAAGAUGCUUUCAUUGCGACACAUUUGUCAUAACAAUACUACAUACCAACUUAUUUUGUCAUAACAUGGAACUUAACAAGGUAGAUAAAACUAAAUAAGUUAAUUAUGUUAUUAUGACAAGAAAUUGUCAUGUUGUUUUAAGGAGGAAAAAUAUUCACUUAAAGGUAAACAAGGAGACAUAAGAACAUCAGACAAACUGACAGUGACACCUACAUGAUUCAGUAAAACACAAUGACAUUCUGCCAGGGCUCACUGUGAUGAGUAUUAAAAUGUUAAUUGUGUUCUUUGGUCUUCAUCGUCACCAGACUUCAAACCAACUAUACAGCUGUGGAAGAUUUUGGAGCAACUUGUUAGACAGCGCUCUCCAUCACCAUCAUCAAAAACACCAAAUGAGGCAAUAUCUUAAAUAAAUGCUGUUCAUCCCUCUAACAGAGUUCAGAGACCUGAUGAAUGAUGAGACUUGAUGAAGACACUUAAUGUUGCAGACCAACAGCUUGAACACGUGCAGGUUAAAUCAUUUUCCUCCACAGAACAAAAACAUUUCUUGUUCUUACAAAAUAAGUUGGUCUUUAUCACAUACGUACGUUGAUACGUUUCUUAUUAUAUCAAAUGAGUCUAACUUAAUAUUUUGUCAUAUAAAGAAAAUAAAAAGCCCAUCAUAACAUUAAAAUACAGUGCAAAAUGUACUCUUACAUUUUUCGUUUUCACUGGUUCAAUGUUGUCUUAAUAAAUUUCCAUAAAUUAGGUGACAACUAUUUUAUUUAUUUAUUUUUAAUGUUGAAUCCACUUUGAAGUGUAAAGCAAAUGGGGUUUGGAGGCAGUGAUGAUGAUGAUGAUGAUGAUGAUGAUGAUGAUGAUGAUACUGUAGAUUUUUCUCAGAUGGUUUUAUGGGGUUUUCGAUUAACUAGAAAUGAUUUGUUUUGUACAUUGUAGGUUCACAAUGGGACCGUCCUAUAGCGUUAUGAUUUCUGCGUCUGUGUGUGUGGAAGGGGGCGGUGGGGAGAGGGGGGUGCUACCGGGGGCUCAACUAUUCAAACCCCACCUCCAGACAAGUUACUGCCGGGGACAGAAGUUACACAUCCUCUCUGUGCCGGUCCGGCCCCUCGGUCUCUGGUCCAGGCUCGUAUCCCGCCGCAGAGCGCUGACUUUCCGCAUCAUGGAGCUCCGUUAUGCGCUUCCCUUUCUGAGCCUUUUGUUGCCGCUGUGCACGUCCGACACUAACUUGAACAACCACGUCGUUUUGGAGCCCUUUGAUUUCCUCUUCGACACGGCCGUGGAAGCCUACUAUAAAAGCGACUGGCUCACUGUUAUCCUGAAUAUGGAGAAGGCGCUCAGGAACAAAGCUACAGUCCGCAAGGUUAAGGCUCAAUGCCGGCUCAACUGCGCCAACCACACCGCUUUCGGCGAGCCUCUGGCCGGCUUGGGAGUCCCGAUACCGGGGGCCGGGUCUGUGGAAGACCUGGGCUUCUUCCAGAAAAUCCUGAAACGGGCGGAUUGUGUCAACUCCUGUGAAACUGAGAAACUUGGGACACCAACUAUGCAUCAAGUCACUGCAGAAGUGGAGUUGGAAUUCAAGAAAAGGACCCCUUAUAAUUACUUACAAGUCGCCUACUUUAAGAUAAAUAUGCUGGACAAGGCGGUGGCAGCAGCCAACACGUUCUUCCAGGCCAACCCGGAUCACAUGGAGAUGAAACAGAACCUGGACUACUACAGGAUGAUGGCAGGAGUAAAGGAGGAAGACUUCAAAGAUCUGGAGGCCAGGCCACAUAUGGCUGAGUUCCUGAAGGGGAAGAGUUACUACAGCGACGAUUCUUUCGGUCUGGCGGCUGAACACUUCGAAGCGGCUUUAGAUGAGCACUUCAAGGCCGAUAAGGAGUGCAGAGCGCUGUGCGAGGGAUCCUACAACUAUGACGGAUACAACUACAUGGAAUACAGUGCCGACCUGUUCCAGACCAUGACAGAUCACUACAUGCAGGUACUGAACUGUAAGCAGCACUGCUCUGUGGAGCUGGCUUCAACUGCUGGAAGAGACAAGCCCUUUGAGGACUACCUCCCCGCGCAGUUCAACUACCUGCAGUUCUCCUACUACAACAGUGAGAAGUAUGAGCAGGCCAUCGAGUGUGCCAAGACCUUCCUGUUGUUCCACCCUAAUGACCAAGUGAUGAAGCAGAACCUGGCUUAUUAUUCUGCCGUGUUGGGGGAAGACAAGGCAGAAACCAUAUCAGCCAGACAGGUGGUGAAAGAUUAUAUUCGGCAGUCCAUGCUGGAGAAAGAGCUGCUGUACUUUGGAUAUGAAGCCUUUGGAAUCACCUUUGUAGAUCCAGACACGUGGACUCCUGAAGAUGUCAUGCCUAAGAAACUGAGAGAAAAGCAGAAGGCGGAGAAAGAGGCUGCAGCGAGGAUCACGGAGGAAAUAGGAAACCUGAUGAAAGAGAUUGAAACCCUGGUUGAGGAGAAGAAGAAGGACUCUUCAGACUUGACCAAGAUCAUUGCACCACAGGAAGGUGGCGCUCCAACAUAUGAUGACAUCAAGGUGACCAUGACGUCCGCCCAGCUGAACGGCUCUCAGCGGGUGCUGCUGGAUGGGGUGAUCACUGACGAUGACUGCAGGGAGCUGCAGCACCUCUCCAAUACUGCUGCUCUGAAAGGUGAUGGCUACAGGGGGCGUCCUUCCCCCCACUCCCCCAGUGAGAUGUUCCAGGGAGUCACUGUCCUGAAGGCUGUCAAGCUGGGACAGGAGGGGAAGGUUCCGCUGAAGAGCGCUCGUUUGUUCUUCAACCUAAGCGAGAAGGUGAGGAAGGUUUUGGUGUCGCACUUCCGUUUGGAAACUCCGCUCUACUUCUCCUACUCCCACCUGGUCUGUCGCUCCGCCAUCGAUGAGAAGAAGGACCGUGAGGACCUGAGUCACCCUGUUCACGUGGACAACUGUCUGCUGGUGUCUGAGCUUAACGAGUGCAUAAAAGAGCCUCCUGCAUACACACACAGAGACUACAGUGCCAUCCUUUAUCUAAACGACGACUUUGAAGGAGGAGAUUUCAUUUUCACAGAGUUGGAUGCAAAAACUGUCACGGCUGAGGUGCGUCCACAGUGCGGCCGCGUGGUCGGGUUUGGAGCGGGAAAAGAAAACCCUCACGGCGUCAGAGCUGUCACCAAGGGUCAGAGGUGUGCUGUAGCGCUGUGGUUCACCCUGGAUCCUGCUCACGAGGAAAAGGAGAGAAUCCAAGCUGAGGAUAUGCUGAAUAUGUUUUCUACCCCCGUGAAUGCAGAGUUCAGCAAAACAGAUAGCUCAGAACCCCGGUCGGCAACACCGGAGCCUCCCCCGCAGGCCGACCAGGGGAAAGCAGAUAAUAAACAAGACGAUAAACCGACAGAGCAGAAGCAGGACGUACCGGCCGACUCGCAGGAUGACAAAGCAGCCGACACGAAGACGGACAAAGCGGAGACGAAGACGGACAAAGCGGAGGCGAAAACCGCCAGCGGAACAACAACAGGCACUAAAGCCACUAAAGCCACUAAAGCCAAAGCCGCUCCCAAAGCAAAGGCCAAAGCUGGAGACCAAGCAAAAGCCAAGACAGACAAAGUGAAACCUGCUGCUAAAACAGAUGGAAAGCAGACGGUCAAAACACAAGCCAAGCAGGUAGACAAAAAGGAUGCAAAAUCAGCUGCAAAAAAGACAGCGAAAGGAGCUGUCAAAAAGGAUUCCAAAAAAGCUAAAACUCCCGACUCAGACUCUCAGAACGGCAAGGACGAGCUGUGAUCAGACAGCGACUGUGACUCUCUCUAUGUGGUGUCUGUUUUCUAGUGUUUUCUACAAGAUGUUCUCUGUGGGUGUGCUGAAUGAAAGGAUGUGGUACUUUGCCUUUUGAGUCAUUGGUUAUGGAGGACCCAAGUUAUUAUUUUUUGAAAACUCAGCCAUUAGUGGAAAAACCAAGGGACUGCUGUAACACUCGAAUCCUCACUCGACUACUUUCAUACUGUUGCUGACAAUCUGCUAAUGUCUCCCAAAUCACUGUAAGCAUCUUUACUCUGCAUCCAAAGCUUUGUGCGUGUGUACAUAGUUUCAUCUCAUGUCAACCUGACUUUUCUUCAGCUGAUUUCUUUUAUUUGUGAUGUCAGUUGUGAAACCAGGCACAGGAGGGUUAAAAGGGAGGUGGGGAAGGGGGGAGGGGACUCAAGCCAACUGUGGAAACUUGUGAAAUAAAAGUGACGUUUCUAAA